AGAGAGAGAGAGAGAGAGAGGGGCACACGCUCUCUCUUUUGCUGCUACAACGGAUCCUUUCCACAUCGACGCUACUGUUAACGUCACGCCUGUAAAGCCGCGCUUGCCCAGCGCUUGCCUUCUCUGCCUUGCUCCUCUCCUCAGUUGGACGCUGCAUUAGCGAGGGGGUGCUGAUCACCGCAAGAAGAGGAGUGAAGGGAGAAGAGAGAGAGAGAGAGAGAAAAAAAAGAAAGAACUGGAAACAAGAAGAAAAAAGAAACACGCCGGAGAGAGGAAGGAGAAACUGUGCGCCACCCCCUCCUCCCUCUUACCCACCUCGAUCAACCCAGCUACAAUACCCCCACUCCUCCCAGCACCCCCUUCCAUCCCCCAUCCCACUCCCCCUCCGAAGAAAUUGACGGAUUAUUGGGAAGUGCAUGGGAGGCAGGCUGCAGCUGCUGCUGUGUGUCCUAGCUACUGCUGCUGCUGCGUGCUUCGCAGGGAUGGUGUGUGUGCAUUUGCAAUCGCUGCUGUCGCCGCCGCGGCUGGCGACGCAGGAGCGUGCGGCCAGUUAAAGAAGAGAAAGAAGCUAAUGACGGCGGUGUGGGUCGCCCAGCUUUUUCAGCGACUGCCAAGCGCUCCCGGAGGACAAGAAAAUUAAGAAAAAUCAAGUGGACACGACGCCACAUUGAGCGGGGGAGCAAACAAGAGUGCGGGAGGAGAGAAGGGCUGUCAGACUGACCAACCGACCAACUGAUUGACUACUAAAAAGUGAGCAGAGGAAUACAGAGGGGAGGUCUUUUUUUUCCCCCCUCAUGCAGCUUGUCAAUCUCCCCUUCUAACGACUGCAAACAAAAGGCAAAGAACGUUGGAAAGGACUGAGGAAUUUUCAUUCAACCUUCUGCAAUUCCACCCCCACCUACCUCCCUCGUUUUGUCUUUCCUGCCUUGGGUUUUUCUGCACACACACACACACACACACACACACAAACACAAAAGAAAAAACUGUGCUUUUUUUUCUUUUGGGUCGCUGUACUAUGGAGACCUGGGUAAGGUGUCUAGCAGGGGGAUCAACUGUCGGAUUCCAAGGACAAGCGAGAGAAGAGGAGCCGACAGCGAGAAGCGAGCAAGGGAGCACUGCUGCUUUGGGAGCCUGACUGGAUUCGUAUCUACAGGCUUUUCUUUUCUUUUUCUUUUUUCCUCCCCCGAAUCACAUCGGGAUCACAAGGGAGACAAACAAACACUCACAAAGGGCCUUUGAACCUUUCUCUUUGGAUGUAUGGAUUUACAAAAGGGCUCAUCUUGGUUAAGCUCUUUGGCAUUGAUACCUGCUUUGACAGGGCAAAUAUAAAAGGUUUUCUUUGCUGCCCUUGGAUAUAAAUACAUCUGAUGCGAAUACUACAGCUCUUUCUGAUUGCAAAAAGGAGGGAAGCUAUAUAUCUCAGUUGAAGGACCUGUAAUAAUAACUUGAGGUAGGUGUCUAGUGUUUCAACCCCUCUUUGCAUCAAUUUGUAACACCUUCCCCUACCCUCUGUCUCUUAAUACGGUUUUUGGUUGCUUACUUUACCAUCGUGUCCUUCUCAUACACAUGUUGCAGAAAAAAACAGCCUUCUCAACCCCCCUUCCCCCUCCUUUUUUUUUUGCCCCCAAGCACAGUCCUUGGAAAUAAAAGCACUACUUAACUGAGGAUAGGUCAAGUCAUCUUGCCCCUGAGGAAACGGCCAAACCCAUAUCCUCCACUUGUCCUCUUUAGUUUCCUUAACCUGUUUACUCUCGUCUCCUUAACAAUACUACCAGCCAACCAGUUACUUUCCCUGUCCCUCAAACAUCAGUCCCAAACACCCCAUCCUCCCCCCCCCCAGAUGAUGUUGAAUUAUGAACGUGCCACAUCAUGAGUCUCCUGGGGCGGGUAGCUGCGCAUCGUGCCAGGAAAGCCGCCCUGCUCUGUGUAGUCUUCCUGAUGGCGCGAGCGUGGAGCAGCGCCUCCCUGGCCUUGGCGGGGGCGGCGGUCUCCCAAGGACCCCAGGGCUGUCCACCGCAGUGUUCCUGCAGUAAUCAGCAGGGGAAAGUGGUGUGCACCCGACGUGGCCUCACCCGUGUACCCCCUGGGAUUCCUGCCAACACGCGACACCUCAAUCUAAUGGAAAACGCCAUUGAGGCGGUGCAGGCUGACUCCUUUCGCCAUCUGCACCACCUUGAGGUGCUCCAGCUUGGGCGAAAUGCCAUACGGCAGAUUGAGGUGGGCGCGUUCAAUGGACUUACCAGCCUCAACACGUUGGAGCUGUUUGACAACCGGUUAACGGUGGUACCCAGCGGGGCCUUUGAGUACCUGUCGAAACUAAGGGAACUGUGGCUGAGGAACAACCCCAUCGAGAGUAUCCCUUCCUACGCCUUCAACCGAGUACCCUCACUCAUGCGACUGGACCUGGGAGAGUUAAAGAAACUGGAGUACAUCUCAGAAGGCGCUUUUGAGGGCCUACAAAACCUGAAGUACCUCAACCUUGGAAUGUGCAACAUAAGGGGUGAUAUGCCAAACCUGAGUCCCCUAAAGGGCCUGGAGGAGCUGGAGAUCUCUGAAAAUCACUUCCCAGAGAUAAAGCCAGGGUCCUUCAAAGGCCUACGUGCCCUAAAAAAGCUAUGGGUGAUGAACUCACAAAUCACAGUAAUCGAGCGCAAUGCUUUUGAUGAUCUAUCUUCAUUGGUGGAGCUUAAUCUUGCCCAUAAUAAUCUGAGCGCUGUGCCACAUGAUCUGUUCUCCCCGCUCAGGUACCUGGUGGAGCUCCACCUCCACCAUAACCCUUGGAACUGUGGCUGCGAGGCUGUGUGGUUAGCACGCUGGCUAAGGGAGUCCAUCCCUACAAACUCAACUUGCUGUGGACGCUGUCACUCGCCUGCCACAAUGAGAGGUAGACAGCUGGUGGAGGUGGACCGAGGAGAGGGUGCUGCGACCCAGUGUUCUGCGCCAUUCAUUGGCGAUGCACCAAGGGACUUGAACAUCUCAGCAGGCCGAGUUGCUGAGCUUCGAUGUCGCACAGCCCCGAUGUCUUCAGUGCGCUGGCUCCUACCCAAUGGAACUAUCCUGACACAUGCCUCUAGUCAUCCAAGAAUAUCAGUGCUUAACGAUGGAACUCUAAAUUUCUCAAAUGUCCUGGCAGCAGAUACAGGCACUUAUACCUGCAUGGUGUCCAAUGCGGCUGGGAAUUCGAAUGCCUCAGCCUACCUCAAUGUGAGUGCAGCUGAGCUCAACACAUCUAAUUUGAGUUACUUCACCACAGUGACUGUAGAAAUCUUGGGGCCAACGACGGAGAUGCCCAAACCUAAAACUACUACAACAACAGCUGCUGCUACUGCGGGUGCUGGGGUGACUGGCGGAGGAGGAGUAGGCCUUGGGACAACAACUACGACGGCCUCUCCUUCUGUCUUUCAGCCAGUCUUCAUCUCCACACCAACUGUGCUGCUGCAAAACACUGACAGUCCACCAGGGGCAGCUAAGCCAUCAGUUUUGCCAGGACCCCAAGGUGCCACUGGCAAGCCAGGCAAGUCUGGCCCGAGCUUGGAUGAGGUGAUGAAGACCACUAAGAUUAUAAUAGGCUGCUUUGUGGCCGUGACUCUUCUGGCUGCUGUCAUGCUCAUCGCCUUCUACAAACUGAGAAAGCGCCACCAGCAGAGGAGCACAGUGGCAGCUGCCCGCACUGUAGAGAUUAUCCAGGUGGAUGAGGAGGACCUUCCACCACCAGCUUCGGCAGCCCAAGAGUCAGCUCUUACAUUACCUGAAAUCCGGGACCACAACAGCAUACACAAAUUGGAUUUCAUCAGCCACAAGACUGACUACAGUUUUCACAAACCCAAGGCUGAAUACAAGCCACAGCCCGAUUUUACCCUACACAAGCCAAAAGCUGAGUAUACCACAUAUAAGCCAAAUAUGGACUUCAGCAGCCACAAAUCCAUCUCUGAUUACAACACUCACAAAUCUACACCAGAUUUCAGCCUUCACAGACCAAAGCCUGACUGCAGCCCAUUUAGACCAGACUACAGCACUCACAAACCGAAAGCAGAUUACACCCCAUUCAAACCAGACUUUGGCACUCAUCCAAAAACUAAGUCAGACUACAGCCCUUUCAAGCCAGACUACAGCACUCAUCCAAGGCAGCGAAAUGACUUCAGCCCAUUCAGAAGGGAUUAUAACACCCAACCGAAACCUAAACAUGACUACAGUCCAUUAAAGUCAGAUUACAACACACAGCAAAAGUCGAAAGUUGAAUACAGUCCAUUCAAGCCUGACUUUGGGACUCACCCAAGAUCAAAGCCGGAAUACAGUCCAUUUAAGCCCGACUACAGCACUCAGCCCAAGCCUAAAAUGGACUACAACACACAGAGAUCAAAAACAGACCUCUCCUACAAACCGAAGGAUCAUUACACACCCCAUAAGACUGCUCCUGAUUACAGCGCCUUCAAGACUGACUUCAGCCCCCACAAAGUGGAUUACAGCGCCUUCAAGUCGGACUUUAGCCCCCACACUCAGAGACCUAAGCUUGACUACAGUCCACAUAAAGUGGACUACAGCCCCCACAAGGUGGAAUACAACACGAUGAAGCCCAAAUACAACACCUACAAACCAACCGGCCAUGGGGCUAAAUGGACAGAGAAUAAUGUUGGGAACUCUUUGCCUCGAACCUUGCCCAGUGCCAUCACAGCAAUGGCUGAGCCCUUUGUCAUAAAAACUCACACGAAGGAGAAAGUACAGGAGACUCAGAUUUAAGAACCCCGGCCCCAAUCAGCGCUCACUCCCCUCCCUAAGCCCCUUGCUCCCACCCCGCCAAAUUCACUCUCCUUUCGGUCCUUUCCUCAUCGAAAUCAUGCAAUAGAAUGCACAAGGAAAAAAGAAAAAAAAAAAGAGGACAGGAAAUACUUUUUUUGUACAGAGUGCAAACUUUAAAAGACUGAUGAUUUCUUGUUGUACAUGCUUAUAAAUAAAUAUAUAUAUAUGGACAAACUGAAAAUACCAUGGGUUGGUGAUAGAGAAACAUAUAUUAAAAAGAAAUUGAAACUAUUUUCUAACUUGUAACUUCUAUUUAAAACAAUGAGUUGUUUAAGAUGCUGUCUUGACUUUGACAAAUGAGGGUAGUCUUGUUUUAAAAA